AUGUCAGACCGUCUCAUCACUCAAGCCACUUCAAGGCUCACGAAGGUCAAUGUUGUGACUCUGCUCACUAGGGAAGAAGCUUGGUCCACUCUCGACUUGGACACCAGACGCGAGCUGUAUAGCAUGCUACCGGUUACCAACGACUCUGACUUUGAUCCUGACGUGCAUCCGCUCAAGACAAGCUUCGCAAAAUACAUCAGGCACUUCAUCUAUGAGUGGGAGCAGGAUCUCGCUGCCGGUCGCAAUACUGCAAAGUGGCAGAAACAGGCCAAGCAGGCCACCGGAGAACGCAUCUCAGGAGCAUACGAUGACUGGAAGGAGAAGGAGCGUGAGGAGCACUGGGGUCAGAAGUACGACCCAGAGCACUUCAAAAGAACUGAGCCACGAGAUGAUAUUCUCGAGUAA